UCGACAAUUUGUGGAGUUUUGUCUGGUUUUAUCUAUUUCUUAUUUUAUUUGAGAAAAUAAAAACUUGUACACCUGCAUGUAUCCGUGUUACCUAGUAUUACAUUUUCUAUGACACUUCAGUUAAGUAUUUCGAAGUUUCAAAAAUACUCGUUGACAAAUGCCGUGACGAAUGUGCAUCGAAAAUGAGCAAAAUGUCGAAGAACAAAUUAAACUUGACCCUGCCCCCAGGAUCUAUUGACACGGCACCAGCCGUGACUCCAUCGAACAUGACCCCUCAGCUGAAAUCAGCAACAGCAUCUGAGGGUAGGAGGCAGGGUCUUGCUGGGAAGUCCAAGACGAGCAUCGAAGCUCUGACGGAGAGGCUGGAGCAGAUUGAGAUGGAUGACACUCAGAGGCGCAGAAUUGAGGUGUUUCUGUGCCAAAAAGAGAAAAUCGGAGAGCUGAGUGAUGAUGACUUUGAAAAGCUUGGAGAACUGGGCCAAGGCAAUGGUGGAGUGGUAAUGAAGGUUCGUCACAAGUCCACCGGUCUCAUCAUGGCCAGGAAACUCAUCCAUCUAGAAGUGAAGCCAGCCAUCAAGAAACAGAUCAUCCGAGAGUUGAAAGUAUUACAUGAAUGUAACUUUGCACACAUCGUUGGAUUUUAUGGAGCAUUUUAUAGCGAUGGAGAGAUCUCUAUAUGUAUGGAGUAUAUGGAUGGUGGAUCUCUGGAUUUGAUUCUGAAGAAAGCUGGCAGGAUUCCUGAGUCAAUUCUUGGAACAAUCACAUCAGCCGUGCUAAAGGGACUGAGCUACCUUCGAGACAAGCACGCCAUCAUGCAUCGCGAUGUCAAACCGUCCAACAUACUAGUGAAUAGCAAUGGCGAGAUUAAAAUCUGUGAUUUUGGCGUCUCUGGACAACUUAUUGACUCUAUGGCCAACUCUUUUGUUGGUACUAGGAGUUAUAUGUCUCCUGAACGUCUCCAAGGCACCCACUACUCGGUGCAGUCUGACAUCUGGUCCCUGGGUCUCUCGCUGGUGGAGAUGGCCAUUGGCAUGUACCCCAUACCGCCGCCUGAUGCCAACACCCUGGCUGCCAUAUUUGGCGGACAGAACGAGGAUCACUCGCCUGGACAGGCGCCAAACUCCCCGCGGCCGAUGGCGAUAUUCGAGCUCCUGGACUACAUAGUCAACGAGCCGCCGCCGAAGUUACCAUCCGGGAUAUUCUCCGACGACUUCAAGGAUUUUGUCGACCGCUGCCUCAAGAAGAAUCCUGACGAAAGAGCCGACCUUAAAACGCUUAUGAACCACGUGUGGAUCCGCCAGGCGGAGGCGGAGUGCGUGGACAUAGCGGGGUGGGUGUGCAAGACGAUGGACCUCAUGCCCUCCACGCCAAACUCCAAUGUGUCUCCUUUUUCUUCAUAAGCUGCAAGAAGUGCAUACUUUCAUCAGCGAAAAAGGGUCAAAACAUUUCCCAAGAGAAAGCGAACGAUACGAUCAGUGAGGACACUGGUGCAGAGUAGUACGGACCGGUCAGUAUGUCAACUCUAGCCGUCGGCUGACGUCGCCGCACCGACACGAGUACCUGCCUCUCGCUCUAACGCACGAGAAGUGGUAUUGCUGUCUCGCUCUUUGAGAAUGUGAUGUUAGGUGGGAUGAUUGUAGGAUGUCCUGUCUCACUCUGUUGUUUAGGUGAGACAGAGAUAAACAUAUAAAAGUGUUAACAAAAAUCAUCAAUAAAGAAAAUAUAAUCUAUACUUGUCAUCUCACGUUUACAACAUGAAAAGAGUGAGAUAGAAACAUCAUUUAUCCCUUAAGCCUACUUUAGUCAUUUGGUGCGGUGACGUAUUGUAAAAACCGUAGGAAUCCUAUACAUUGUAACCUUAGAGACGUGAGUUUAAAUUGCUAUAUUUGUACCUUUGUUUCACACUGUUAUAUAUUUUUGUUACUUGUAAACGGCAUAGAGUAAUAUAGAUUUUUUAAUUUUAUUGAUUUUUGACAUUUUGACACCUGUCAUUUUGACAUAUGCGAAUAAAAUGACGUCACGUCUCUAAAUUAAAAUUUAGAAUGAUAUCCCUCCGGGAUGAACGAAUAUACAAACGAUUUGUUUUAUAUAAAUUGGUGAACUUAGAAGUUUCGUAGGCGCAUUUGUGUGGCACGUUUUCUGUGACAUAUACGGGCUAUAUGUGCAUGUGAAAAACGUGUCAGACAGUGCUUAAACGGCUGUACACUCUUGUCAGGAAAUAAGCCAAUUAUUGUCACUUUAAGAGUUCAUAUUACGGAAAAUUCUAUUAUUGGCAUUCAUGCUAUUUUCGACAGAAAUGUAAGGUGUCAAUAAUAGGAUGACUGCCGACUGGGUAUUGCCCUGUAUAAAACAUGGAUUUUUGACGACAUUUUUAUUGUCGCUCCAUUAUUAUGCCACAAAUAUAAUAUUCCAAAGUUAAUAUGAUGAAUUUUACCGAAAAUUGGCCGAUCUUGACAGGAAUGUAAAGCGUCCUUAACUUAUAUAGGGUGUGAUACUAAAACAUAGUGCAUUCGGGAAUGAAGUUAGUAACAACGUGGUCGAGUAGAGUUGAUUUCACUAGUCGCAAGUCGAACCAACGUCAGUAGUGUUUUGACAAUUUUUUCUUUGCUGAAAGUGCGUAAUUCAUGUCAGCUGAUCCAAGUUAUUUAAGGCUCGGAGCGGCAGAAUACUCGAAUGGCGCCAACGGCUGGCAUGCGAGCGUUCUGCAACUCGCCCCCAAAAUGUAAAAUAGAGCAUUUUUUAGAGUACACGAAAAGAAAGAAAAAAAGGAAAAAAAAUUUUUUAGAAUAUAUUUUUUAUUCUAUUCGACGUGAUGCACUUUUGGUUUGUGUUCGCUUUGUUUUAGUGGUCCCUCACUCGCCCUCCCUGCACGCCGCUGUAUGAAUGUGUUGUAGCACUGGACUCUGUUACUUGUGAUUGGUGGCUAUUCUUCUAAAGAAGAAUUAAUCUACAAACAUUUCUUAU